UCACAUGACUGGGUCUUAGGGCGCUGUCAGUUAUAAAAGACCUUGUCUGUUGUUCAUAGCAGCCAGAUAAGGCGUACUCGCCUCAUAGCUUGUGACUACGUAGCGAGGCGUGUAUUACCGUUUCACAAAAGUCGUUUGCCUGUAGCCAAGAGUACGCUUCUUGUCGCGAACGGCGGAUACUUAAGCUACGUUCAAGAACUUGAGGGCCUUUUCGACUGGACGACCUGAUUAUCCGCAGGUAGUAUGAACCAAGUUAAUUUAUUGUUGCUCCUAUUUCUUGGUGAGCAGAUGCUGUGCUGCCCCAUGCCAGGACUGCCAAGAAACGGAGUGUUCACACCAGGCGAAAAGAUGCCCAGAAAUGUCACUGCUGGCAUGGCGGUCACGUACGCCUGCAACGAGGGCUUCCUGAUGCUGGGCAGCAACCGUCGUGUGUGCUCGGCCGACGGCCGCUGGCACCCACGAGGCCUGCCUUACUGCGUCGUAGACGUUGCGGCGACCAAGGUGGCGUCUUCAUCGCAGCCGCGAAACGACCCAAAGCUGACGGUGGACAGAAACCGAACGACAUGCAGUGAUACGCUUAGUCAUUUGUCGCCUUGGUACCUCGUGGACCUUGGGCAGGCGCUGCCUAUCAGCGUGGUGAAGCUUGACUUGCCAGAGUCUGCUGUCGCGGCUUCAGUGAUCGUGCGCGUCGGCAACUCGUCCACGACGUUCGAGAAUACGGUGUGCAGCGUUUUCGAAGGGGCUCUGGAACCGGGCAAUUCCCUGUACUUGCCUUGCGUCUCUGCACACAGCGGUCGUUACGUCAGUGUCCACAUGAACGAAUUCGGCUCGCUAUCCAUCUGUGAAAUUGCCGUCUAUUCCGAAAUUGUCGACUUCGAGGGCUCGGAAGCUACCACCGUUCACUCGUCUGACCCAACAACGCAGCCGCCAAGACAAAGAGGUCACGUGCUGGGAAUGAAGGGACUGACUGGCAUAGGCAUCGGUGUAUUCGUGCUACUUGCCCCCGUAUGUUGCUGCUGUUGGUGCCAGCGGUGUACGAAAUGUUGCUGCAAGAAAUCUAAGACCAGCAGAGAGGUGAAAGGCGUCGACAACAGCGUGUUCGUGUUGUGCGAAGGCCCUGUGGAUUACAGGUACGCGAAUGCGUGGAACAACCUUGGUCGCGAUGGCACGGUUCCCACUGGUGCGAGUGGUGUAACCGCGAGGUUAAAAGACGUUCGCGUGGUGUGUCCAGCGGAUAGCUUCUCCGACGUCGACCUAAAUAGUCCGUAAGUCGUGCAUCAAGUUCAUUAUGAUACAUGACGAAAAGGGCAAGUUACUUUGUUGUCAGCUUUCGCUGGACUCUACUUCCGCAAGCUACGUUGCGUUCAUUUUAAAACCAUUUCUUCAGGGCACUCUUGUGGGGUCGAACGCAUGAACAGAGUUGUCUAGCACGAGCUCCGAAUUUUGCGUGUGGCAGUUUUUAUUGCAAUUUUUUAGCGCAUACUCAUUUUGUUCAUCAUACUUGAUUUUAUUAAUUCUAAUUAGACGGUGGGGUGGCACUCGUAGCGCUUGUACAUAGUUACCACGAGAAGUUUUAAUCUGUUUUGGUGCUGUUUCGUUUUGUUGUGCAACACGACAUUGCAUCUUUGAAUAAAACAUGGUGCUCA